AUGGAGGAGCAGAUAGGUCUGGGAAGCUGCAGCCAUGCUAACAGUCACCAGGAGGAGAGUAGUAGAGAGUGCCCACGUCUUUCCAUCAGCUGCGCAGACUCUCCCCCUCCUACCUUCCUUCUCUCUAUCCAUCCCCCUCCCUCCUUCUCUCCUCCCUCCUUCUCUCCUCCCUCCCACGUUCUUCUGCGUGUAGCUGUGGUAUAUGAGUGGGUCUCCUGGGUCUAGCUCACUGCAGUGUAUGGAAGGGUAGGGCUGCUGCCUGUACAAUGCGCUGAAGGAUGGUACACCAGGAGAAACGUAUUUACCAGGUGUGUGUUUGUAGUAUAAUGUAUACCAUGUAUUCAAAUACCGAAUGUGUUAGCUUAAUAUAGGUAUGUUAGGUGAAUGUGUGGGUUAUGUGUACGUGUGUGAUUUUUAUCAUGUAAGGGUGUGUCCGUGUGUAUAUUUGACCUGAUUGUGCGUGUAUUUCCGACUACAAACAUUAGCCUGUAGUUUUUGCUGUGCCAUCCUGUGUGUGUGUACAUUUCUGGUGUGUGUAUGCUUUUUUAUGUGUGCAUUUCUGCAUAGGUGCUGUUUCUCCUAGGUGGGUGUGGACAUUUUGUACAAUGUACAUUGCAUGAGAGUUUGUUUGAGAGUAGGUUUAUGCCAUGCUUUUAACAGUAAUACAUAUCAUAUACCUAAAACACCAUACAGGGUGUGCUGUUUAUUACAUAUGUUUCAUAUGGGCUAUGUGGUCUAUCUACCCAGUAGGACAGUACCUGGCUAUGUGGUCUAUCUACCCAGUAGGACAGUACCUGGCUAUGUGGUCUAUCUACCCAGUAGGACAGUACCUGGCUAUGUGGUCUAUCUACCCAGUAGGACAGUACCUGGCUAUGUGGUCUAUCUACCCAGUAGGACAGUACCUGGCUAUGUGGUCUAUCUACCCAGUAGGACAGUACCUGGCUAUGUGGUCUAUCUACCCAGUAGGACAGUACCUGGCUGUGUAUGUAGAUGGUUUAUCUACCCAGUAGGACAGUACCUGGCUGUGUGUGUAGAUGGUUUAUCUACCCAGUAGGACAGUACCUGGCUGUGUAUGUAGAUGGUCUAUCUACCCAGUAGGACAGUACCUGGCUGUGUGUGUAGAUGGUUUAUCUACCCAGUAGGACAGUACCUGGCUGUGUAUGUAGAUGGUCUAUCUACCCAGUAGGACAGUACCUGGCGGUGUGGUCUAUCUACCCAGUAGGACAGUACCUGGCGGUGUGGUCUAUCUACCCAGUAGGACAGUACCUGGCGGUGUGGUCUAUCUACCCAGUAGGACAGUACCUGGCGGUGUGGUCUAUCUACCCAGUAGGACAGUACCUGGCUGUGUAUGUAGAUGGUCUAUCUACCCAGUAGGACAGUACCUGGCUGUGUGUGUAGAUGGUUUAUCUACCCAGUAGGACAGUACCUGGCUGUGUGUAGAUGGUCUAUCUACCCAGUAGGACAGUACCUGGCUGUGUAUGUAGAUGGUCUGUUUACCCAGUAGGACAGUACCUGGCUGUGUGUGUAGAUGGUCUGUCUACCCAGCAGGACAGUACCUGGCUGUGUGUAGAUGGUCUAUCUACCCAGUAGGACAGUACCUGGCUGUGUGUGUAGAUGGUCUAUCUACCCAGUAGGACAGUACCUGGCUGUGUGUAGAUGGUCUAUCUACCCAGUAGGACAGUACCUGGCUGUGUAUGUAGAUGGUCUAUCUACCCAGUAGGACAGUACCUGGCUAUGUGGUCUAUCUACCCAGUAGGACAGUACCUGGCUGUGUGUAGAUGGUCUAUCAGUAGGAUAGUUCCUGGCUCGGUCUCCAGUGGGAGGAGACUAGAGUGGGUGGAAUGUUGGCUGCUUCCUCUACAAUGGGAGUGUCCAUCUGUGAUUUAUGACGUUACAUCACAGCCCAUCUGUCUGUGUGUGUGUGUGUUUCUGUUUGUUUCUAUGUUUGUGCGUGUUCAUGUUCGUGUUUGUGCUUGUUGUUGUUGUAUUUCUGUGUUUGUGAGUGCGUAUGUGUGGUAUGGGCAAUGCAUAAUAGAUUUGAGAGGAGGUAUGUAUUUGUUGUGAUGUGUGUUGGUGUUUGUGUGUUGCGGUGAUGUGGGAGUGCAUGUGUUGGCACAGUCUAUGAAUGGGCAGGAGGAAGUGUGGGUAGAGUCUAAAAUGUGUCAAUCAAUUUAUUUAUGAAGCCCUUUUUACAUCAGCAGAUGUCACAAAGUGCUAUACAGAAACCCAGCCUAAAACCCCCAACAGCAAGCAAUGCAGAUGUUGAAGUGUGUGUGUGUGUGUGUGUGUGUGUGUGUGUGUGUGUGUGUGUGUGUGUGUGUGUGUGCGUGUGUGUGUUGUGUGCGCGUGCGCGUGUGAUACAACACAUACUACAAGUGGGCCUGAGGGAUAUGGGCCCAGUAAUGGACUCUAAAUAUAACAUUAGUGUGGAAAAACUGGAAAGGAAAAUCAUGUUUACUGUAGCACGAUGCAUUUUCAUUGGUUCUCUUUCUACACUGUAUGUGGUUGCAGGAGCAGGUCUUUGAGAAGAUAGGAUAUGUACAUCAACCUAAAAGCUAUAUGACAUAAACAACCUGCCCAGGACAAAAUGUGCUUUGGAUGUAGUGGGUAGAGAGAACAUACUGAAAAAAUAAGGAGAGGAGGAAGAAACUGAGAAAUAGAGAUAGGGGUGGAUAAUAGAAUGAAUAGUCAGGAAUGGAAAAUGGGACAGAUCAGGUGAAGCAGGAAAUAGAAGAGAGGUAAGAUGAGAUGAAAUCAGUGCGAGGUGACUGGACAUUUUCUGGCCCAUCAAAAUUGUCCUUUGACAGGUCCAGUGAGUGUGUGUUGAUCAUAGAGAUACUAUCAAAUGACUCUAAUUCCUAAUUCUAUGGUGUUGAUGGCCAUUAUUGAUGACCUCACAAUAGGCAGCCUAUCUACUGAAGGCUAUUGAUGGUGACCUCGAUGAGUGUUUCUUUGUCGCUCCGCCACUCACUGUAGAAAACUAGGCUACAAUAGUGAAUAGGAGGGACGUGUGUCUAUUUAUGUGGUGUGUUUAUAAAAAUACAGUACCAGUCAAAAGUUUGGACACACCUACUCAGGGUUUUUCUUUAUUUUUACUAUUUUCUACAUUGUGGAAUAAUAGUGAAGACAUCAAAACUAUGAAAUAGCACAUAUGGAAUCAUGUGGUAACCAAAAAAGUGUUCAACAAAUAUAUUUUAUAUUCUCUCAACCAGCUUCACCUGGAAUGCUUUUCCAACAGUCAUAAAGGAGUUCCCACAUAUGGUGAGCACUUUUUGGCUGCUUUUCCUUCACUCUGCCGUCCGACUCAUCCCAAACCAUCUCAAUUGGUUUGAGGUCGGGGGAUUGUGGAGGCCAGGUCAUCUGAUGUAGCACUCCAUCACUCUCCUUCUUGGUAAAAUAGCCCUUACGCAGCCUGGAGGUGUGUUGGGUCGUUGUCCUGUUGAAAAACAAAUGAUAGUCCCACUAAGCCCAAACAAGAUGGGAUGGUGUAUCGCUGCAGAAUGCUGUGGUAGCAAUGCUGGUUAGUGUGCCUUGAAUUCUAAAUAAAUCACAGACAUUGUCACCAGCAAAGCACCCCCACACCCCCACACCAUAACAGAUCCUCCUCCAUGCUUUACGGUGGGAACUACAAAUGCGGAGAUCAUCCGUACACCCACACCGCGUCUCACAAAGACACAGCGGUUGGAACCAAAAAUCUCUCAUUUGGACUCCAGACCAAAGGACACAUUUCCACCGGCCUAAUGUCCAUUGCUCGUGUUUCUUGGCCCAAGCAGGUCUCUUCUUCUUAUUGGUGUCCUUUAGUAGUGGUUUCUUUGCAGCAAUUCGACCAUGAAGGCCUGAUUCACACAGUCCCCUCUGAACAGUUGAUGUUGAGAUAUGUCUAUGACUUGAACUCUGUGAAGCAUUUAUUUGCAAUUUCUGAGGCUGGUAACUCUAAUGAACUUAUCCUCUGCAGCAGAGGUAACUCUGGGUCUUCCAUUCCUGUGGCGGUCCUCAUGAGAGCCAGUUUCAUCAUAGCGCUUGAUGGUAUUUGCGACUGCACUUGAAGAAACUUUCAAAGUAAUGAUGGACUGUCAUUUCUCUUUGCUUAUUUGAGCUGUUCUUGCCAUAAUAUGGACUUGGUCUUUUACCAAAUAUGGCUAUCUUCUGUAUACCCCCCCUACCUUGUCACAACACAACUGAUUGGCUCAAACGCAUUAAGAAGGAAAGAAAUUCCAUAAAUUAACUUUUAAGAAGGCACACCUGUUAAUUUGAAAUGCAUUCCAGGUGACUACCUCAUGAAGCUGGUUGAGAGAAUGCCAAGAGUGUGCAAAGCUGUCAUCAAGGCAAAGGGGGGCUAUUUGAAGAAUCUCAAAUAUAAAAUAUAGUUUGAUUUGUUUAACACUUUUUUGGUUACUACAUGAUUCCAUAUGUGUUAUUUCAUAGUUGUGAUGUCUUCACUAUUAUUCUACAAUGUAAAAAAUAGCAAAAAUAAAGAAAAACCCUUGAAUGAGUAGGUGUGUCCAAACUUUUGACUGGUAGUGUACAUAUGAGUGCACUUCUCUCCAUCUAUAAAUGGCCUUUGAUCUAUGUGGGGUGAACGUUUGGGAGGUAUGGAGUAUUUUUAUACGUUCAAGUGUGAUCCUAUUAGUGGUUUGUGGUAUAUUGUGCUAUAUGUGAUGUGUAUGCUGUAUGUGUAUGGUAUGGUAUUUGUGUGAUAAGAGUAUGUGUGAUGCGUUCAUGUGUGUGGGUGUAAGUGUGUGUGUGUGGUUGUAAGUGUGUGUUUUCCUCUUGGCGUGCGUAGCUCUUUCCUUUCUCUUCGCGGCUCAUUGAGUCAACAGUGAUUUCACCUCUAGAAUGAACUCAGACUCCAUUACAACGCUCCAUCCAUCCCUUCUUCGCCAUUCCUCCACUCAUCUCUUCUCUUUGUGUGCUUGUGUGAACAUACUCCAAUUCUACAUCCCCCUAUUGCUUUGGUUUAAGCAAGAGCAUGCAUUAUUCGUUGUAAUACUGACAUUUGUUUUGCGUUUUAUUUAAUUUGCUCAGAAUAUUUUAAUGUUGUCCAAUCAUCUUAGUUUACUGUGUCUCUUAAAGACUCCAAUACAUGAAAAUCCUUAAUCUUUAUCAUUGAUGCCUGUUUUUAUCAUUAGGGUUUUUACUUCAGGUUUAUUGUGGUAUUGUAGUAUUAUUGGAGUAUUGAUCUGUUCUAUUUGGCUCUACCUCCACCAGGCCCAGAGGAAUGACAGAGAGUCCAUCAGGCAGAAGCUGGCUCUUGGCAGUUUCUAUGACGACGAAGAGCCAGUCAUCUACAACAGCUGCAGCAAGAACGGCCUUCCCUCCCGGUGGGUUUGUGUUAUGGUGAUAAUGUUUGUGUGUGUGCAUGCGUACAUGUUUCUUUUUGCUUGUGUUCUCUACGUGAAAUAGGUAGGGUCAAAUGAAACCUUUUGAGUUUACUGUAGUGUGUGUUGUAGUAUUAUGAAAUAAGACAUUGACCAUCCUUUCGGGACAGUUUCAGCUACUGCAGCAGUAAAAUGUGACAAUAGCAUCAUUAUAUAAAUAUUGAGAGUAAGUUGUAUAGCACUCUUUCCACCACUAGAUGGUGUGGUGCUGUAGAGCUCAGUGAGUAUUUGAUAUACAGUACUUUCUAGUGGAAGCGCUCUAGGCACAGGUCUAGGAUUAGUUUACCCUCUGCCAAAAACUGACCGGCUCAGAUUAGCGUCUCUAGGGGAAGCCUCAUCCUUGAAUAGAGAGUACUCAAAUAUAAACCAUGUGGUAUUGGUGAAUAUUCCAUCUUGACAACAGGCUGGCAGGGUGGAAUUACUACCAUAUUACACUGAACAAAAAUAUAAACACAACAUGCAACAAUUUCAAAUAUUUCACUGAGUUACAGUUCAUUUAAGGAAAUCAGUCAAUUGAAAUGAAUUCAUUAGGCCCUAAUGUAUGGAUUUCACAUGACUGGAAAUACAGAUAUGCAUCUGUUGGUCACAUAUACCUUUAAAAAAAAGUAGGGGCGUGGAUCAGAAAAGCAGUCAGUAUCUGGUGUGACCACCAUUUGCCUCAUGCAGCGCGACACAUCUCCAUCGCAUAGAGUUGAUCAGGCUGUUGAUUGUGACCUGUGGAAGGUUGUCCCACUCCUCUUCAAUGGCUGUGCGAAUAAGCUGGAUAUUGGCGGGAACUGGAACACGCUGUCGUACACGUUGAUCCAGAGCAUCCCAAACAUGCUCAGUGGGUGACAUGUCUGGUGAGUAUGUAGGCCAUGGUACAACUGGGACAUUUUCAACUGUACAGAUCCUUGCUAAAUGGGGCUGUGCGUGCAUCAUCAUGCUGAAACAUGAGGUGAUGGCAGCGGAUCAAUGGCACAACAAUGGGCCUAUCGUCCACGGUAUCUCUGUGCAUUCAAAUUGCCAUCGAUAAAAUGCAAUUGUGUUCAUUGUCUGUAGCUUAUGCCUGCCCAUACCUUAACCCCACCGCCACCAUGGGGCACUCUGUUCACAAUGUUGACAUCAGCAAACCACUCGCCCACACGACGCCAUACACGCUGUUUGCCAUCUGCCCCGUACAGUUGAAGCCGAGAUUCAUCCAUGAAGAGCACACUUCUCCAGCAUGCCAGUGGCCAUUGAAGGUGAACAUUUACCCACUGAAGUCGGUUACGACACCGAACUGCAGUCAGGUCAAGACCCUGGUGAGGACGACGAGAAUGCAGAUGAGCUUCCCUGAGACGGUUUAUGACUGUGCAGAAAGUCUCAGACCAUUCCGCUGGUGAAGAAGCCGGAUGUGGAGGUUCUGGGCUUGUGUGGUUACCCAUGGUCUGCGGUUUUGACGCCAGUUGGACGUACUGCCAAAUUCUUUAAAACGACGUUGGAGGCGGCUUAUGGUGGAGAAAUUAACAUUCAAUUAUUUGGCAACAGCUCUGGUGGACAUUACUGCAGUCAGCAUGCCAAUUGUGCGCUCCCUCAAAACUUGAGACAUCUGUGGCAUUGUGUUGUGUGACAAAACUGCACAUUUUAGAGUGGCCUUUUAAGAAAAAGCCAUAUCUCAGACUGGCCAAUAAAAAUAAAAGAUUAAGAUGGGCAGUCUGAGAUAUGUUUUUUUUUUCAACUCUGCCUAGAAGGUCAGCAUCCCGGAGUCGCCUCUUCUCUGUUUACGUUAAGACUGGUGUUUUGCGGGUACUAUUUAAUGAAGCUGCCAGUUGAGGACCUGUGAGGUGCCUGUUUCUCAAACUAGACACUCUAAUGUAUUUGUCAUCUUGCUCAGUUGUGCACCGGGGCCUCCCAAUUCUCUUUCUAUUCUGGUUAGAGAAAGUUUGCGCCGUUCUGUGAAGGGAGUAGUACACAGCGUUGUACGAGAUCUUCAGUUUCUUGGAAAUUUCUCUCAUAGAAUAGCCUUCAUUUCUCAGAACAAGAAUAGACUGACGAGUUUCAGAAGAAAGUUAUUUGUUUAUGGCCAUUUUGAGCCUGUAAUCGAACCCACAAUUGCUGAUGCUCCAGAUACUCAACUAGUCUCAAGAAGGCCAGUUUUAUUGCUUCUUUAAUCAGCACAACAGUUUUUAGCUGUGCUAACAUAAUUGCAAAAGGUUUUUCUAAUGAUCAAUUAGCCUUUUAAAAUGAUCAACUUGGAUUAGCAAACACAAUGUGCCAUUGGAACACAGGACUGAUGGUUGCUGAUAAUGGGCCUCUGUACGCCUAUGUAGAUAUUCCAUUAAAAAUCAGCCAUUUACAACAUUAACAAUGUCUACACUGUAUUUCUGAUCAAUUUUAUGUUAUUUUAACAGUAGUGUAUAUACUGUAUUCUAUUUUACAGUAUUUUAGUCAAUACCACUCCGACAUUGCUCUAUCUAAUAUUUAUAUAUUUCUUAAUUCCAUUCCUUUACUUUUAGAUUUGUGUGUAUUGUUUUGAAUUGUUAGAUACUACUGCACUGUUGGAGCUAGGAACACAAGCAUUUCACUACACCCGCAAUAACAUCUGCUAAAUAUGUGUAGGUGACCAAUAACAUUUGAUUUGAUUUGAAGAACAUAUUACACCCACACACUGUAGGUUUGUGAAUACCAAAAUGCAUGAGUAUAGACACAAGGUUAAUCGAAUCCCUCAGAAACUGCAUGUCUCUCUGACGCGUGAACAUGAGUGUCCUACACCUUGCUCUUUUCCUAGAAAAGAGGUAGGAGUUUAGUCAAAUUAAAGGGGACCGCCCCCAGUCCAGUUUAGGGAAGCGCUCAUCUGUCUGUGGUCUUGCCACUGGAAAUAAAGAAGUGUUGGCUUUUUCUGUCCACUGCUCCUAUUGGAUGUUCUCUUGUCACAUGACCCUUAGUGAAGGUCAAACUGUAACAACCGGUACAUUGUAAGUUGGAAAAUCCAAUGUGAACAGGCAUUUGGGGGUUGGGUGUGGUUCCUUACUUCAUGUUUUGUUAGAGCUUGAAUGAAUGAGGUUAGUAUGAGCUGUUAUCAUCACUCUGGCCAAGAGACUGUCAGCCACAGCUGGCUGGUGGGCACCUUAAUUGGGGACGAAUGGCUGGAAUGGAAUGUUUGAUACUAUUCCAUUUACUCCAUUCCAGCCAUUAUUAUGAGCCGUCCUCCCCUCACCAGCCUCCUGUGCUGUCAACGGUUCCAAUUAUUGUGUCAUGUUGUGCGUUUGUUGUUUCAUUGAACCUUUUGUUGUUGCUUGUUUUACUUAUUGAGGAGGGAGCCUUAUUGAGCCGGGUUUCGUAACCCUUGAUGCUACACCUAAUCUGUUACUUAUAAUAGUGAUUGCAUGAUGUAAGCAAUUGAAACCACACAAUGCCCCAAACACCCUACAUGAUCCCUUCUGCCCUCUUUCACUCUCCUGUGCGGAUUUGAGAUGACUGGGUUGAUGUAAAAGCAAUAGUUCCACCUUUCAUGAUUUUUUUGAAAGCAACUUUCUGGAAUGAAAUGAAGCCCCAGAUCUAAGAUUCGCAAAGGACAGUGAAAUGAAGCCAGGAUUUUUUCCCCUGCCCCUGCACAUUUGCUCAUUUGCUCAAUUCAAUUCCAAAUUGACCGCUAGCCGCUACCCUUAGGGGCUUUGUGUAGAUCUAAAAGGAUUGGAAAGAGAAAAGCAAUAUGGUGAAAAUUCAAGCUAAUGUAUAUAUCAGUGGUCCACCUUGAGAAUAUUACCAUACCUACUCAAUAAUUUCCUAUCUACAGGAAAUGCCUAAGGGUAUAGGGUUAUAUGGGUCAAUGUGGAAUUUAGCCAUUCUCUCUCCCCUGGGAGGGGCCUCCACGUUCGGAAGGGGGGAGAGAACUCCCCCUUUCUCAAGGGUGUAGAGGUGAGGAUUAUAGUCGUAGCAACCGAAAAAGGAGAGAAGCGAGGUUAACGAGAGUCCCCCUAGAGAAGAAAGAGGCGAGAUAGAGAGAAAGUACGAGACGAGACGAAAAAAAGAUAGCUAAAGAGAGAGAGCGAAAGAGAGAUGAAGGUCUAAGAGGCGCUUCAAAAGUAGAUAAGAAGGCCGUGUGUCUCGGACUCUCUAUCCUUCUAUCUAUCUUCCCCCCUUCCAUUCGACACAUAUCGACCUCUCCAUCCAGACAUCGUCAUCUCACCAUCCCUAUGGUCUCUCUCUCACUCUUUCUCUCUCUCUCUCUCUCUCUCUCUCUCUCUCUCUCUCUCUCUCUCUCUCUCUCUUGCUCUAUUGGUCUCUCACUGUGCAGGCCUCAGAGUGGUGUGAAUCUGCAGGUCUGUUUUGUGAAUGACAGCAGCAGUGACAAGGACAGUGAUGCCGAGGACAGCAAGACAGAGACAAGCCUGGAUACGCCGCUGUCACCCGUGGUACACACUGUGGAUGUAAAUGUGUGUGUGUGAGUUUGUGUGUGUUCUCCACAUUCAUUCACACAAUUGAUUCAUUUGAACCUGACUUAACAGGAGAAAAAGAAGCAAAUUGACUGUGGAAUGUAUGUGUGUGAGCAUACACUUACACCAAUGACGAUGACUUUGAAGUAUGUAUGUAUAGGGGACGUGGGUAAUCAUACAUUAUCGUCUAUGAUUCUGUAUAAUCACUCUGGUGUACAUAUGUGUUUUUCCAGAGUAAGCAGAGUUCGUCCCUGUCGGACCGGGACACAGGCGAGGAGGACUCGGACCCCCUGGAGGAAUGUGGCUUCUGGCGAGUGCAGCGGCGGCUCCAGGAGGAGGCCCGGGUGGCGCUGGCGUUGGCUCGCCCCAUGGCCCGCAUGCAGGUGGAGGUAGAGAGACAGAUCCAGCUCCACCGCCGCUCGCCCGUCGCUGACCUG